AAAUAUCACUUUCUUCUGAAGGCAUCUGCAGUAUGAUCACCAUCGUUGCACCCUGAGGUUUUUGGUUUCCUAUCAAGGCAUUCCAUCUGACAGCGACAAGCACCUUAGUUGCACAGGUGUCAUUUUGUGCUGUCUCACUUACUGUAGCCUAGUGUCUAGCUGAUUCCUCGUGGGUGAACAUAACAACGCCAACGAGUCUGAUCACGUUGCAAUAUGUGUCAUGCCUGUAAGUGUUAACAGGACUGUUCCCCGUAAACUGAAUUUGGCUCAGACGAAAUCACGACUGACGUAGUCACCAGCGGUACUGACAAACUCGCUCUACGCCCCCCGCUCAGUAGAUGGCUUGUACAGAUUGUUCCUGAGAGAAGAGUGGCGUGGUGGCGAGGCGACGGAGAAUAUAUCGGGAAGGGCACACAGGAACGUCGCUGCUUAAAACGACCGUCCUCUCAGAGCUUCAGCCGUCUGCAUCACCCAGGCAUUGUGCAUACACAUAUCAAGGCUUUCUUUUGCGCCGUCAAAGAGUGCGACAUGUUUGUCAGAGUAUGGACGGACACGACGUGACUCUCCGCGAACAGAUUUUCCAUGACCGCGUCCGUGAGACCAUUAUUUGUAUUUUCCUCUUCUCGUCUCUCUACAUUGUCUGCUACCUUAUUGUCACACACUACAGGAAGAAUGCAGAGUUUGCUACAGAUGACGACGAGGAUGCCACUGUCAACAAAAUUGCGCUGUGGCUGUGCACAUUCUCACUGUCGGUGUCGGUAGGGGCAGUCAUGCUUCUCCCCAUCUCUAUCCUGUCCAACGAGGUGUUACACACCUUCCCACAGAGCUACUACAUGCAGUGGCUGAAUGGAUCCCUCAUUCAUGGACUGUGGAAUCUUGUCUUUCUCUUUUCCAACCUCUCGUUGGUGUUCUUACUACCCUUCGCCUACUUCUUUACGGAAUCGGAAGGCUUUGCUGGAUCCAAGAAGGGUGUGAUGGCACGUGUGUAUGAGACUGCUGUGGUGCUACUCUUGCUGACGCUGCUAGUGUUGGGCAUGGUCUGGGUGGCCUCAGCUCUCCUGAACGACACCUCAGCCCGAGAGAGCCUAUAUGACCUAUGGGAGUAUUACCUUCCAUAUCUUUACUCCUGCAUCUCCCUGUCUGGAGUCCUUCUGCUGCUGUUGUGUACACCUCUAGGCCUGUCCCGUAUGUUCAGUGUCACCGGGAGGCUUCUUGUAAAGCCACGGCUUCUAGAAGAUGUGGAUGACACCAUGAGUUGUGCCAUCUUUGAGGAGGCCGCGCUCUCCCGGAAACUCAACACUGAAGCAUCUUGUUGGGUGAAUGUGAAUGUAGACCUCCUGAGGAACCAGUUCCUUACCAUUCAGGCACGACGGAUCGCCCUCGAGAUGAGGAGGAGAGCAUCACCAUGGCAGCGUAACCUUGGUUACCCUUUCGCCAUGCUGUUUUUGCUUGCAUUGACGGUGGUGUGUGUAUUGAUAGUGUGUUUCCAUGUGCUGGAGCUGUUGUUUGAUGAGACGGCUUUGCCCCGAGGAAUGGAGGAUCCUUUGCUGGGAGCUGCCUCUUUCUCGAUGUUUGGAUCCCUGGGUGCAGCCGUGCAAGUCAUCCUCAUCCUGUAUCUUAUGGUGUCCUCUGUGGUGGGUUUGUACAGCUCCCCACUCUUCUCCUGUCUACUCCCCCGAGCUCAGGACACCACAUUAACCCAGAUUAUUGCAAACUGUGUCUGCUUGCUGGUUCUGAGUUCAGCCCUGCCUGUGUUCUCCAGGACUCUCGGCAUCACACGGUUCGAUCUGCUAGGGGACUUUGGUCGAUACAACUGGCUGGGGAACUUCCACAUUGUGUUCCUGUACAACAUUCUGUUUGCUGGACUCACAUCUGCCUGUCUCAUCAAUACACUCACGUGGGCUGUGCAGAGAGAACUCAUACGGGCAUUUGGCCUGCAUAAACUGCCUUUGACUGUCUCACGCUCAGCCAUCCCUCUCAAACUUCUUUUAGCGAAUGGGCUCUCAAAGAUUCAGUGAUGAUUCAAUGGUAUUCCCCAUCUCCUCAUUCAAACUAGUUGCCUCCUACCAAAGACUCUUUACCUUAUUGCAGUUGACGGUAGCUGGAUCCUUCAGUUCGUCAAAGACGUUUGACAAUUGGUCAGUUUUCUGACACUUUUGCUGGACCUUUCAUCACAAUCAAGCUGUAGUGCCACUUUAUUUAACAUGUACUGUACCAAAUAUGCAAUAUAUCCUGUACCACAGGGACCAAUCACAGGCUUUGCCCUGACGAUAGGGGUGGCAACUGGAAGCAGCUGUAGCUGGUACUGCAGUUAAUAACUAUUUUGCCAAAAAAGAUUAAUGAAUGUGUAAUGGAGUGAAAUUCAGAUGUGAUAAAGGGACAAUUGCCAAUGUUUUUUUUUUGUUCAUUAUACACUGCUUAUAGUUUCACAAGUUCACAUUUUCCCAAUGAGUGAGAUCUAUGCAAGGUCAAAGAACAGGAUUACCUAUAGUGAAAUGACUUGGACCCUAUAUAAAAGCAAAGAACAAAGAAUGACUUGGAUCCUGAAAUAAAAUGUUGGACGCAACUCUUCUAAGCCUCAGUAAGAGAUAUAAGGGUAAGAGGAUAGAUCAAUAUGGAAGAAAGAGUAGGCAGAUAUAAGUCUCCUAACAAGAGACAUGUUAUACAUGUUGAAAUGUUAGUUGUGAGAAAAAUAAUACUGUGGCUAUGGCCAGAUUGAGUUCCUAAAUGCUCUUAACAAUCUGACAACCAUCAUAAAAAGUCUCUGAUAUUCCCCUGGGCUGUUCAACCUGCAGCUAAAAUUUCAUCAUUAUCCAAUGACUGUAGAAAACAUGGACCGUAUGCCAUCAUGCAUUUACGUUCUGAAGAAAUUAAGCCAAACUUGGUUGGCCAGCAUAGCAUUGGAGCCAGACUGUGCAAUAAGUGCUUUUUGAAGCCAGAGCUUGUGUAGUAAACAGAAAAUUGCUCGUAGUAAAUCUUUGCCAUUUUGGUGGCUUCACUUUAACCAAUCAGGAAACCCCUAUUCCUGCUUUACCUCUAUGAUCGCAGAUGAGCAAGCUUUUGUCUAUUUAGGUCACUAAACUAAAAUGUUGUACACCAGCCCCUGAAUAUUUAUGUUUUUUUUGUUUACACUUGAUUUAUUUUUAAAUGUCUAUUUCAUCCACUUGAUCUUUUUAUUAUUUUACAGACUGUUUUUCCCUCAAUGUUUACUCUCUUUCUUGUUGACCAUUUGAGAGAUCACGAAUAAUGAACAGGUGUAAACAAUCACAGGAGAUAUUCUUACUGUAAAUGCCUUAUAUUAUUUGUCAUUUGACCAUAAUAAUAUUUUUAUCUUGUCUUUACGAUAUAGACAUCUUUUCACUGUUCAAUUAAUGUAAUAAAAGGUGUCUUGAGACCAAAAAUUGGUCAAAUACAGUGAAUGAGACCAAUUGAAACUACAAAAACGUUUACAGUUUGAGUGGGUAUGUAUAAGGUUUCUCUGUAUAGUUUUUUAUUUGUGUUUAUGUGCCUCUCUCACUCUACAUCUAGAGUGUCCAGUAUUUGUGUUCCUAUAUGUAUCUGAUCAUUUGUGUCUGUGUGUGGACAUUACGUGCAAUACCAUUUCAUAAAGUAGUGACAAUCAAUAUUUAGUGCAUGCUAAAGGAAGGAAUUCCUUUAGUGCAUUUCUGUUCAUCUAUGAGCCUCCACCUUUCUUUCAUGCAUUUAUUUAGAAAUAUGAGGUCACACUCCUUUUUCUAUGCAUUUAUGAAUUUGUGUACACAGAUUUAUCCAUAUUAAUGUUCAUUCAUUUGCUAUAAAGUGUUCAACAAUUAUAACGGUAACUAUAAUCUCACAUCUCAAGAAAAGUUGAGUGACUGUUGACAAUGUGGUGACGUCAACUUUUUACUAGAAGCUACUAUUGUUCCAUAAAUUACUAAAUGUAAACAGUUCUACGUGUAGGAAAUACUCCAGAUAAAAAUCCUCACAUAUCGAAAACCAUAAACAUUUUCCUUGUGAGGUGACAUAUGGAAGAGUGUUUUCGAUUUUAAGUGCCCCAUAAAACAAUUAUCAUUGAAAUAACUUUUUGUUAAAUAACAUGUUUCUUCAGGCUCUCAAUGAAAAAUAUGUCCAAAUGUGAUUUUUGGAUUUCUUGCAUAGGUUAAGUGUGAGUGUUGUCGAAUGUUCAAAUGUCCACUUAUAGCAAAGGCGGAAGGUUCAACUAUCUCUCAACUAUUUGUGCAGUUUUUAAAGUGGGACAUCAAAACUUUGAGAUGGUGUUUUGCUGUUACAGUUUACUUAGAAUAAUGAAUGGAAAGUAUCCUGUAGAAAUGUGAGUAAUGUGUCUGUUGUCUUUGAGUGUGUGUUAAAAGCUGGAAAAAAACAUGGAAUGUUCAUUAAACAUCCUUUAGCCUA